AUGGUGUAUAGGAAGACAGGAUUUUCAGUCAGAUAUUUCUGCAUUUACAGCCCAGGAAUCCCUGUGCAUGAGGAAUUUGUUCUCUGUGGUGGAGUUGAAACCCAGAUCAUAAAAUGUGGGCCCUGGACUAAGCUCUUUGAUAAACGAGGUAUCAACAAGCCAAAACAGCUUAUCUUUAUCAUUCCCCCUUUUACGUGCUAUUUGCAAAGGCCUUGUACUGAGCCAAAUGCUCAAGAAAUAGAGGGCAUCUAUGGUCUGAAUGGUCAAACAGAGCACAAAAUAGUUUUUCUGAGAGCUCAUGUGCCAAAGGACGUGAAGCUUAUAUUCAUUGGCCAUUCUGUAGGCAGCUAUAUUGCUCUUCAUGUGAUGAAUCGUGCCUCCUAACUGCCCCUAAUGCUGCCUACCUCAGGAGCCAAGAAAUGA